CAGAACGCUGUGGGGGAGGCAGAGAGGGAGAGGUGGAAAUAGAGCCGAGGGAAAGGAAGAACUCCGUGCGAUUUUCCUCAUCUGAAAACCGCAUGACGAUGAAAUCGGGGUCCCGUCGCUGGUGGAGGUAGAUUUGGAGGAAAGCCUGAUCAUUGUGGAGACCCACACACAUUUCUCUUCCAUCUUUCCUUUUAAAGGAAACAGUAAGAGGGUUCUUCAUGAGAAAAUGCUCCAACUAAAAGCUGGAAUGCAGCGGCCCCUGGAAAAGGGACCUGUUGAGCGGAGAGUGGAUGGGCAACAGACUCAGCCUGAGGAGGCAGGGUCCUCCCCUGUGUCCCACAGCAGGAAAUACCAUUCCUUGAUCCAGGAUCAGGCUCGAGAGUUGACCCACCUGAGGCAAAAGAUGAGGAUGGGAAGAGCUUUCUCUUCCCUUCUCAUCCAGCAUGUCAGUAAUACGGUGAAAACCUUUGAGGAGCUCCUUAGCAGGAAUAAAGUUGACCGCUACAUGGAACAGCACUUCCGUGAGCAGCUGAGCAAGGGGAGCCAGCUGGCAGAGAGCCUUGCCAGCAAAUUCAGCACAGAUGACUUUACAAGUGAGAAGAAUCAAGCAGGACAGAUGCUGCGGACCCUCAGUCUCUUAAGGGAGAUGCAUAAGAAGGGUAAAGUGACUAAAGUCCUAAGGACCAGGGAGGAGGCCCAGCCCCAGACUCUGCCCCAGAUCCACUCCAGCAACCGUGGGCAGUCUUCCGCCCAUCUCUCCUCCAGCAGCACCUUCCUGCUUCAUGAAGUGCAAGAAGCACGCCCUUCGGUGGAUGUGGCCAAUGUCAGCCCAGCCACUCCUGCUUAUUCAGCUUCAUCGCUCAGCAACCAUCCAGAUGCCAGAUCUGCCCAGCCGUCCUGUCCUCCGAGUGGCAGCACACAACUGAGCGGGACGCCAGAGCCAGGAGAGCGGGGCAGCAGUGGCCCAUGGGACGAGACGAGACCUCAGAAAAUGAAUGCAUCUGGGCAUCUAUCCCCCUUCUCCUCUUUGGACCGGCCCAACUCCAAGCCCUCUGGGGCCGACCUACUGGAAAAGAAUCUUGUGGAGAUCCAGAGCCUGCGCCAGCGCCUGGAGGAGUCCAUCUGCAUCAAUGACCGCCUGCAGGAGAGGCUGGAACACGUGCUCAGCAGUGCUGACCAAGGAAAUAGUAGGAAAGGCACCACACAGGCCGCUCCAGGGGUCUCCUUUGCAACCCCGCAUUCAUACGCUCGGAGUCACUCUUCUGGCUCUGCUCAGGAUGUCUUGUGACAUGAUGUCUGGACGGUCUAGAAGAAUGUUCUCCAGAACUUUUGCAGCCCUAUCGAACAGCAUUCUUGGCUGUGAACCUGGAGGCAUCGACAUCGACCUUUAAAUGAAUGGAUCAAAUUAAUAAAUUAUUUAAAAAUUAUUAUUUACAUGUAUUGAAUGCCUGUAAAGAGUAAAAUUUGUGAGGAAAGAAUAAAACCAAUAAUGGCCAAAAAUUCAU